CCAAAAGCAUACAGGUAGAAAAACCAUGGCAACACAUGAGCCUCUGCUAGCCUCACCCAAAACCUCUCACAAAAAAACUCUCUAUCUUCUUCUCUGCUUAGCAGCUAUCAUACUCUCAGCUGCAAUACUCACACUGCAUUUUACUGAACUUACCUUCUCCAAUCCUCCAUUGCAGAACCUAUGUGAUAAUGCCCAUGACAAAGCCUCAUGCCUAGGCAUAGUCACAGAAAUAGCUUCAAACACGUCCAAGAAACCAAAUCAAGUAAACCUACUUCAAAUCUUGCUAAAGAAAUCCAAAUACCAAAUUCAGAACUCCAUCCAAGAGGCUACCCAUGUUAGCCGUCAGAUCAAUGAUCCUGUAAAUCAAGCGGCUCUUGUUGAUUGUGUGCAGCUGAUGGAGCUAUCUAUAGAUAGAACCAACGACUCUAUAGUAGCUCUCCAGAGUGGUACAGUUAAUUCCCAUGCAAAUGCGCAUGUAUGGCUCAGCAGCGUACUCACUAACCAUUUUACGUGUCUGGAUGGACUCACCGGUCCGGCCAGGUCCAUAAUGGAGCCAGAGCUCAACGACUUGAUAUCUAAAUCAAGAACCUCCCUUGCAUUGCUGGUCGGAAUUUCUCCGGCGAAAGACUAUCUGAUUUCGCCUUUGAACAGGGAUUUUCCGUCGUGGGUAACGACGAAGGAUAGAAAACUUCUGGAAGCCUCGGUUAAGGAUAUAAAGGCCAAUGUUAUAGUGGCUAAAGACGGUAGUGGUAACUACAAGACGAUUAAAGAGGCGGUGGCAGCUGCGCCAAAUAAUGGAAAGACAAGGCACGUAAUUUAUGUGAAGAAGGGAACAUAUAAAGAGCAAGUUGAGAUUGGAAAGAGCAAGAAGAAUGUUAUGCUUGUUGGCGAUGGCAUGGACUUAACCAUCAUAACUGGUAGUCUCAACGUUGUUGAUGGAUCCACAACUUUCGAUUCAGCAACCGUAGCUGCUGUUGGGGAUGGAUUUAUAGCCCAAGACAUAUGGUUCCAAAACACGGCUGGUCCGGAAAAGCAUCAAGCGGUGGCGCUACGUGUUGGUGCUGAUCAGUCAGUUAUAAACCGCUGCCGUAUGGAUGCUUAUCAAGACACUCUCUAUACACACAGCAACCGUCAAUUCUACAGAGAUAGCUUGAUCACAGGCACAGUGGACUUCAUAUUCGGCAAUGCAGCUGUCGUUUUCCAAAACUGCAAAUUAGUAGCCCGAAAGCCCAUGAACGGCCAAAAAAAUAUGGUAACGGCCCAAGGCCGAAUUGACCCUAACCAAAACACAGGCACUUCAAUCCAAAAAUGUGAAAUAAUUGCAAGUUCGGAUCUUGAGCCCGUUAAGAGCUCGGUCAAAUCAUACUUGGGCCGGCCAUGGAAGGAGUAUUCAAGGACAGUGGUGAUGCAGUCCAAUAUUGCUGACCAUAUAGACCCUGCUGGAUGGUCGAUUUGGGAGGGAGAUUUUGCACUAAAAACAUUGUAUUACGGUGAGUACAUGAACAGAGGAGCAGGUGCUGGUACUAGUAAGAGGGUAAAAUGGGCAGGUUAUCGUGUGAUAACUAGUGCUACUGAAGCCCAGAAAUUUACAGUUGCAGAGCUUAUACAAGGAGGGGUAUGGUUAAAAUCUACUGGAGUAGCUUUUACAGAAGGGCUGUGAACUUGAGAUUAAUCAAGCUAUUGUUUUACCAUGUCCUUUUAUGUGACCUUUUUAAGUUAUGAAUAUAUAUAUAUAUUUGUGACUUUUUCAUCCGCCGGAGCUCUUGCAAGGCUGUUUAAUGUCUUGUGGGGGAUAACUUUUCAUCGAUUAGCAGCAAAAAUACCAAAUAUAUUGUCUGAAAGGUGACUAGUCCAAAUCCAUAUUAUGUUAUACUGUAAA